AUGCUACGAUAUGGUAAGCUCAUGCCCAGACCCUACUAUCAACUAUCCGAAUUUUUAGCCGAUAUUCUGACUGAGAUAGUCUUUACAGUAUGGUUGCCGGAGCUGUAUCCUCACAAAUCGUCCACUCUGCAGAAGCAAGCGUACUUUGAACAAGUUCCAACAGACAGACUCUUACUAACAGUCAACAUGGCCGUUGCGAUUUCCCGGCCAGAUUUCGCGGUUGGGAGUAAUAAAAUUUCGGGCAAAUUGGGUCAAAACAAAAUGGCUACGAUCGAGAAACACUGGCUCAAGUAUAGGGGAGUCAGUAUCCAAGUGCUCAUCAAUGGCGUGAAACUCUCGAACUACUCGACUCUGCAAGUGCUCACGGCCGUCAGAACUAUGGCUGGCUGUGCAUUCUUGGUCAAUAACCCUCUUGAGGGGCGCCUCCACCUACACGCUUCUGCUCAGAUUGCUUUUGGAAACGGAGAUUUCAGUACUAUUCCAGCAUUAUUGUUAGAGAUAUUCUUGCUGGACGAAGGACUGCUGGCCAGCUUAAGCGGCAGUUCUCCAGUUGUACCCCAUGACCAACUCGCACCGGUUAUGUACGCAUUGCUUCCAGAAGUGCCGGGAUUUGUGAAAAGAUCGUCCUCCCAAUUCGGCAAACUCCUCCGUCGCUCCUUGUCUGCCGGGGAGUCGUGCUCAUUUAUUGAUGUUAUGGCUGAGCUUCAUGCCGCAACCGAGAUCAUCAACUCUUACACCAGCCUUGGUGUGAAAGACCAAGUCUGA